AUGUGCAGCCGUCAAAGGUCGACGACCACACAGACGCCCGCCCCCUCUCUGGCCGUCGUGCCCCCGCCCCGCGCGGCCAACGGCGUACUCUCGACGCACGCCACCUCGCACCGAGAACACCUGGGCGUGCACGACGCGCUCCGCUUCGGCCCGCAGAACCUGCACCACACCACCAGCCUCUCGACGGCCCACCCGGCCCAGAACCGCCUGGAGAAGUGGGACGAGACGCGCGACAACCUCAACCUCACCAUGCAGAGGAACCUCUUUGGCCUCGGCGCACCCGUCCGCACCCUCAUGGAGAGGAGGAUUGUCUCGCACAACCCCCACUUCCCCACCCAGGGCAUGUCCAACCUCCAUCUCGACAUCCUCAACGGCAAGGACGAGACCCUCGAGCCCGUCGACUUCCUCCCCUCCGAGGUGGCCAGCGAGCAGCUCGACAUCCACUCGCACAUGGAGCGCAAGUACCGCAUCUAG